AUGUUCGACUUCGUAUCUCUGACCGACGGUAACUGGUGCUCGAUCGCGAAAGGCCUGCAGAAAUGUCCGAACCUCAACUAUCUGGACGUGGGCCCGGAUACGACGACGGGUCGCUACAUUGGCUCUCUUCGUCAAAGACACGCUUCAUCACCUCUCGCGAUCAGCCUACCAAAGAAAUACGUCACUCCUGGCCUUGAGGCCUCAAAGCUCCAAAGCGAUGACUCGCACAUUGAUGUUAUACUGCGUAACACGAAGGAUGUCGCACACUGGCUGGACGUAUUUGUAAGAUACUUUGCCACGGAUAAGAGCAUUGCCGGCGACUGUUAUGAGGCGUUCAAUGGCUAUAAACUUCCGGUCUAUCACGAGGCCCCUUUGGAAAAGUAUCUGGAGGCGGACGAAGAAGCUUGA